UUGUGAGCACUCUACUUCCUCCUGUCCUUGGUCUUUCUACAUAUACUGUUUUUUAGAGCUCUAUAAAAUUUGAGCAUCGGAGUCCUCUUCAUCAGUACUUUAUCUUCCAUCAUAGCAGAUCAACAUCCUCAGACCGGAUUUUAGCAGCACAAUAUCAAAGGCGCGAUGGACUCCUCCGAGAAGGCCAAAGGAAAGGAGAAGGUGGAGACCACGGAAGCGAGCGAAACCAUAAUUGCUGUUGAAGGGGAGGAUAACUCCAGGGCAGCUGGCGGCCUUUCCCCUGGCGAUAUCGGGGCAUAUGCAAGCCCAAGGGACGAAGGAACGGACGUUUGGGCCCAAAAAAUGCUGGAUAAAAUCAAAGACGCCCUUCAGAAGCCACCUAGUUUCACUGCAUCCGAAAGCAUCAGCACAGCUCCUGCAAGCACUGAGAACCGUGACAAGAAGCUUUACGAGCCAAGGGCGGUGGCCAUCGGUCCCUACCACCGGAAGACGGAGAAUAAUUAUUUCAGAAUCACAGAUAAACACAAACUGUGGUGUGUGAAACAGGAAAUCGGCGAUAAUUACGAACGAGACCUCGGUAAAUUCCUCGGUAAGAUGAAGGAGAGUAAAGAAGAUGCUGUGAAGUUUUAUCGUGGGCGUUAUGGGGAAAACAAUAACUUCGGCAUGGAUUCCCAAAGUUUUCUGGAGAUGCUAAUGCUUGAUAGCUGCUUCAUCUUGUUUGCGCUUUCAAUUAAUUAUGAUCCUGCCAAGGAAGUCACUAUGCUGGUGGGCUCAAACGCUCUACCAUGGGCAUCACGUGAUAUAGUGCUGGCGUCGGAGCUUGUCAAGACUGACUUGCUGUUGCUCGACAACCAAAUCCCUUUCUUUAUCCUUGAGGAUGUUUUCAAGAUGAAAAAUGAUAUUUGCCCAAAAGAAAAGAAGCAAAAUGGAGGCAAUGAAGGCAACGGCUCAAUCAGAAAAGAUGCUCUCAAAUUUUUUGAUUUUCUCGAUUUAGGAAGGAACCGUUCGAAAAACCCAGAAAAUGGGGAGGUUGAUCAUCUGCUUCAUUUGUACCACAUGUAUUUGGAGCCACCGUUGCAUCCUGGUCGAAGCUGUCGUGGAGAUAUUCUUCCACUUAUCGAUCCACCGCGAUCUCUCCCCAGUGCAACGGAGCUCCAACGAAAGUCUGCUGUGAAUGUUAAGGUGAAAAAAAAGGAAGAUGUGCCGCAAAGCGUACUUGACGUAAUGACGGGCAAAUGUGGAGAUAUCCAGAUGCCGUUAUUGCGCGUCAACAACCGUACCAAUAUUCUCCUCCAUAAUCUAAUCAGCUUUGAGCAGCUUCUUCGCACCACCACGGGCUCGUACGUCACAGCCUACGUCGCAUUCUUGGAUCACAUCGUGCAGAGAGAAGAAGACGUGGAGCUGCUUGAAACUAGUGGGGUGUUGGAGCACAGAUUGACCAGCCGUGCGGAGGUGGUCGCACUCUUCAGGCAAUUACAUAAUGUGAUCGAUCAUUCUAUGACGGCGGGUUACUUGGCUAAGGUAUACAAGGUGGUGUGGAAUUGUUACAACAGCAAGUGGCGCAGGAUGUUUGUCGAUGCGAAGAGAUCCAGUGUAUGGCUGAAAAUCUCGUUUGCUGCCGGUACCGCUGUAUCAUUUGCCACCCUCUUCGAGACCAUCUACGCCGUCAUCGGCUACUAUAGAAAUGAAGGUUACCGCAGCUAGCUAGGAGCAGCGUUUGAUGUUAUUCUGAAUAAAUCGUGCAUGUAUGUAAUCCAUCGCGUAUGAUCCGUCCCACUUGUCUCAGCUGUAAUGUUCUUUCCUGUGUUAUAUACAUUGUAAGCUGUCUGAUGUCUCCCCCCUAGAUUUCAGGGAUCCUCCCCCCAUCGGGGUGUAAUAAGUGUGUUGGUAGUUACUUGUGUGAGUUCUCCCCCUUAAUGUAAAUUAAGCUUGCAAGUGGAAUUUAUUAAACCGUGUACCUAACUACUUAAUAGUUUUUCUGUUGUAACUGAUGCUGGAACUAAUGAUGCAUGCAGUAUUUAACCUUGUUUCUGUAAGAUAUUAUUGAUUGAAAAUGAUUAUUAAUUGUUCA